CGCGAGGUGUCACGGGCUGCGGGCCCGCGCACGCGCGCUGGCUGGCGGCGAGGAGCGGGCGGCGACAUGGAGGGCGGCUCCGGGCGGUUAAUACAGAAAAGUGUUAAAAUUGCAGCUGGAGCUGUUGUUUGCGUUGAAAGUGAAAUCAGGGGAGAUGUAACUAUUGGUGCUAGGACAGUAGUUCAUCCUAAGGCUCGCAUUAUCGCAGAAGCAGGACCAAUCGUCAUUGGAGAAGGGAACUUGAUUGAAGAACAAGCAUUUAUUAUUAACAGCUAUCCAGAAAAUCUCGUGCCUCAAAAGGAAGAUAUUGAACCUAAAGCUAUGACCAUUGGAACAAACAAUGUAUUUGAAGUUGGGUGUCAUUUUGAAGCUCUGAAGAUUGGAGAUAACAAUGUAAUUGAAUCUAAAGCAUAUAUAGGUAGAAAUGUGAUCCUUACCAGUGGCUGUAUUAUUGGAGCCUGCUGUCAUGUAAAUUCCUGUGAAGUUAUUCCAGAAAAUACAGUUAUCUAUGGGGUUGAUUGUAUGCGAAGAGUCCAGUCAGAAAGACCACAGCCACAAACGCUGCAGCUUGAUUUCCUUAUGAAGAUCUUGCCUAAUUAUCAUCACCUGAAGAAAACAGUGAAGGGAUGCUCCACCCCAAUAAAAAGCGAAGAGGACCAGGAAUGAGUUCGAAGAGGAGUUAAUUUAUUUUGGUAGAAUAGUCUCCUAAAAAAAGCAGCCCUUGCUGAAGUAGGAGAAACAAUUGCACGGAAAACUUUAUCCUGAAGUGUAUACUGUAUCCUUUGCAUUAAAAUGAAAAUAUAAUUGAUUAAAUCAUAACAAAUGUUAAAUAUGUAUGCUUUAAUUUAAACCUACUCAGUUUUUUACACAAUUUAGUUAGCCCCAUUCCUUUAAAGUAAUGAUGUACAUAAUAUUGCAGUCUUAUUUUAGACAAAAAGGUAACUUUACAAAGGACUUUACAAAUAAGUCUUCAGCUUAAAAUUGUGUUAUUUAUAUUAAUUGGAUAAAAUUAGUAACUCUCCUCCACCCUCCCCGAUCAGUUAUGUUUAUGAAGAAUCAGCAGCUCAAACGCCACAAUUCAACAAAUAUAUUUAACGUUAGCUCCUGGAUUCUAUUUUCAACAGAGUUAUGUUUCUGGUUUAAAUUUGAUCAAGCAAAAAAUCAUUAUCACGACCUAAAAGCAUCCACCCUGAUUAUGAAGAAUGAAUGUACUUACAAUGUAUGAGAUCUACUACAUAAUAAACUUUGAACACAUUUUAUUGAUCAUCCUGAGGUCAUUGAAAAGUCUGAGGUGAAUGAGGAGGGAUAGGGUCAGCAGCAGGUAAAUCAUCAGGAGAAGAUGGCUCAACAGUAGGGGCAGCGUCAGCAGCUUCCGGAACAGCUGGACUGAAGUCGAGUUUCAUUUGUUUAUCCUGCUGAUGCUGCUUCUUUACAAUAAUUUCUGUAAAUGCUCUAAAGUGUUCAUAAUCAGGCUGCACAUCACGUUCUGAUGACGUCAAUGUCAUAUAGGAGAUAAUUGUGUCAAUUGAAUUUUGUACAACGGAGACUUUUGGUUUGUUAUCCACUGGUUAUUCACUAUUUCUUCUGUUAAAACUUGGUACCUAAGAUCACCCUUUUCUUCUAGCCAGGGGCUAGCAUCUUCUGUAACUUCAGUGUCUCCUGCCCUUUGAAGGAUGCGAUGGAAAUCACUGACUUCAAAUCACUGACUUUGAAGUUGAAUUCUGCAUCCACAUUAUACAGAAGUUCAUUAGGCAAUUUCAUAAUUUUCAUAGCUUUCCAUAAUGCUGCUCAGUUGAAUAUUGCUGAUUUCAGAUUGUAAUUGUUGAUGUUAGUGAGUGUUCUUUCCCUUGAGUAAUCUUCAACUAAAUCUUCCUCAUCUUUUAUGACCACGAGAACAUUAACUAACUACCUCCUGUGGUAUAGUCUUUUGCAUGGUAUAAUUACACCCUGAUCCAUUGGCUGGAUAAGCGAUGCAACAUUAGGUGGCAGGUACAUUCACCUACUGCUUCCGUCAUUACUGACAGCCUUGUCAACAUUUGGGUGAGCAGGUGUGCUAUCCAAAAUUAGUAGCACCUUGACAUCAUCUGCAGGAAUUGUUAAGGAUGUCUUCCUGAUACUUAUAGCAGGAAUAAAAUGAGUGUAAAACCAUUACUAAAAAUGAGCAAAUUAAUCCAAGCCUUCAUGCAGUUGUAAUAAUGCACUGGGAGCUGGUGCAUUAUGUCUUUUGCGGCCUGUGGGUGUGCUGAUCUGUGUUUGUGCAACACAACACUGAGAAGCUUUCUUUGUUCAAUUCAUGGCCGUAUGUAGAAGUUUCACAUUUAAGUGCAUAACUAUUUUGGGGGAGUGACCACCAAAUAGAUCUGUUUCACCUGCAUUAUACACUUGAGAAAGUAGUAUGCCUUCAUUCUUGAUUACAUCAUUCAGCCUCUUCCUGAAAGGUCCCACGUCAUCUGUUGUAUCUAAUGGUAACUAACUUUAAGUACUGGGUACUAAAAUGGUAUGGUUUGUGUCAUGUGAUAUAUUCAAUAUCUUAUCUUGUGAAUAUGUGUGAGUAUGCGCAGUGUACUUUUGCAAAAUAAAGACCUACAAUGGCAACAGC